UCACUUGUGACCAAGUAAUAAUAAAUUGGCAAAUACGAGGACAUUACACUUAUUCAUUUUAUUGACAUUUAAUUGAUAGGAAAACGUUGCUAAAAUUUUUAGAAAAACCACAAUGCCUCAGAAAUUGAGUCCAAGAAUCAGGAUUAGCUUUCCUUUGCUGGCUCUGACUUUACAGUGCAUAAUCAUAGUAUUAUUUGUAUUAUUUUUGGAUUACCAUGAAUACAGCCCAAAGAAAUACAUUGCCACAUAUGCAGCAUUUCAAGAUGUCAAUACAAUGGUCUUUCUUGGCUUUGGCUUCAUGGUUACGUUCCUCAAGAGAUACGGGCGGAGUGGCAUUGCUUUUAACAUGCUUCUUGCAGCCUUUGCACUUCAGUGGGCCACAAUCCUAGAAGGUUUGCUCUUUGAAUUUGAGAACUCAAAGAUACGAAUAAACAUGACCAGUGUAAUCCAUGCAGACCUGAGUGCAGUGUCUGCACUGGUCUCAAUAGGAGCAAUACUGGGAAAUACCAGUCCUAUACAAUUACUCCUGAUGGCCAUCCUGGAGGUGACAUGCUUCACUGCUAAUAAAUGGCUUCUGAAGUUUUUGUUUCAGUUUAUGCCUGUUCUUACUAUUUACAAUCUGACCAAUUUGUGUGUCAUCUGUGAACUUUUGAUCAUACCCUCUACAAUGAAGUCCAAAGCAUUAAUGUGCAUCAAAGAUAGCAAGGACCAUCAGCAAGCCUUGCAGAACCCCACUUAA